AUGUCAGCAGAAGCUGAUGCACGAAAGUCAGCCGCAGAUGAAGCACAGAGAGCGGAGUCGGCAAGUCUGACUGCAAAAUGGGCAGACACAGCAGUGCGGGAGAUGAUGACAGCAGCAAGCGUGGACGACGCCCGACAGAAGGCGUUACUCGUGCUGCAGGCUUUUGAGAAGGAGGCUAUGGAUGCUAAGCAGCCGGAUCAAUCGACUGCUUUUGCAAUUCACGCGGAACAGGCACGUCAAUCAGCUUCAGAAGUUCAAGUGCUGCAGCAGCAGGUGGGUGUGUUGAGCAAGGAGAACCAGAUUCUGAAGCGAGCAGUGGCGAUCCAGCACGAAAAGCAGAAGGAGCAUCAGGCGCAGAACGAGGAGGUUGGGAGGUUGAGACAAGCGCUGGCCCAGUAUCAAGAACAAGUGCACAAGCUGGAGGUGGCCAACUACGCCCUCAACCUCCACCUUCUGGAGGAGGGAGAGGAGGGGGAGAUGAGGGAGGAGGAGUAUGAAGGGGAGGAGGGGGAAGUGGGGUUGGACGGGGGGGAAAGGGAGGAGGGGGAGGUGGAAAAAGAGGAGGAAAUGGAGGAGGGGGAGGAGGGAGAAGUAGGGGAGGAAGGGGAGGAAGGGGAGGAUUGGGAGGUUGAGGAGGAGGAAAUAGAGGAGGGGGAGGAAAUCGAAGAGGAGGAGGUGGAAAAGGAGGAGGGGGAGGAGGAGGAAAAGGGGAGGGAAGUGGAGGAGGACGAUGGGGGUCCAGUUCGGUUGAGAAGGGAUCCGGAUGGAUUGAAAGCGGUUGUUAAUCAACUUGAGGAGGAGAAGAGAAGAAGAGGUGGGGGGCCGGUUGUGGACGCUGCUGGUCUUUCGGUGAGCGUGAAGAGCGAACCGGAUCAGCUUCAAGGGGGUGCUGAUCAUUGUCAUCACACGGAGGAGGGAACGGGCAUGGGGGAAAGGGAACGGGGAAAAGGGGGUGGCAAUACGGGACUGGUUGUGCUGGGAGUUUCUGGUUCCAAUGGCAGUGGCAGCAUGCAGAAAGGAAAGAGUGUCGAGAGUGUGCCCAUCCGUGCUGCCAGGGAGGGGUUGACUGUGGGAAUGGGGCCCGGACCCGGAGCAUUGCAAGGUGCGGGCUUUGAUGGCAGGGGCAGCAUGCAGAAAGGGAAAAGUGUAGAGAGUGCGCCCAUCCGCCCUAGCGACCCUAACAGCGCUGCCAAGAGCGCGCCGAUCCGUCCUGCCGACCUUAACAGCGCUGCCAAGAGUGCGCCCAUCUGCCCUGGCGGCCCUAACAGCGCUGCCAAGAGCGCGCCGAUCCGUCCUGCCAGUGGGUAUGCAGCAGAGGGACGCGCAGGUCCGGGACUUAGAGGUUUUGAUGGCAGUGGCAGCAGCACGCAGAGAGAAAAGAGUGUAGAGAGUGCGCCCAUCCGCCCUGGCGGCCCUAACAGCGCUGCCAAGAGCGCGCCCAUCCGCCCUGCCAGCGGGUAUCUGGAAAAUGGAGGAGCAGGUCCAGGGACUAGAGGCGUUGAUGGCAAUGGCAGCAGCACGCAGAGAGGGAGGAGUGAGCAGAGUGUGCCUGGCGGGCCUAUUAGCCCUGCUAGGGAGCAGCGUUUGGCAGUGGGACGGACGGGGCUGGGAGCGCUGGGGAUUGCAGGUGCUGAUGGCAGUGGCAGCACGCAGAGAGGGAAGGGUGCAGAGAGUGUACCGAUUGGUCGUUCCGGGGGUCAGCUGGUGGCGAAGGGGCGAGCAAGUUUUGGUAUUCCAGGCUUGGAUGGCAGUGGCAGCACGCAGGGAGGGAAGAGAGUGGAGAGUGUGCCGAUUGGUCCCGCCAGUCCUGCCAAGAGGGGGCUGCCGGUGAGCCGAACGGGGUUGGGAGCACUGGGGAUUGCAGGUGCUGCUGCUGCUGCUGCUGCUGCUGCUGCUGCUGCUGCUGCUGCUGCUGCUGCUGCUGCUGCUGCUGCUACCACACCAGGUGCUGCUGCUGCUGCUGCUGCUGCUGCUACCACACCAGGUGCUGCUGCUGCUGCUGCUGCUGCUACCACACCAGGUGCUGCUGCUGCUGCUGCUGCUGCUGCUGCUACCACACCAGGUGCUGCUGCUGCUGCUGCUGCUGCUGCUGCUACCACACCAGGUGCUGCUGCUGCUGCUGCUGCUGCUGCUGCUGCUGCUACCACACCAGGUGCUGCUGCUGCCAGAUCAGGUGUAUCCAAGUCAGAUUUCACCCAAAUGCUCAUGAGACGUUGUAGCGCGGAGGCGAAUAGGGUGAAUGUGUGUGUUAAGGGUGCAAGUGUUGCCAGUGUAAAUGUUGUGGGGGCAAGUAAUGCUGGUGCAAGUGUUACUGGUGCGAGCAUUAGUGCUCUAUGUGUGCUUGGUGGAGUGUGCACAGUGGAUGGAGGAGGAGCAACACUCGUCGUGCGAGGAAGUGGGGAUGGAAGAGUAAAGGAAGAGCCUAAGGAGCUGGGUGAAGGGGGAGUGGGAGUGAUAAGAACUGAGGUGAAUAGGUUGAGGGUUACGGGUAGAGGGGAGGAAAGGGAGAAGGUAAAUGAGGAGGAGAGGAGAGUGGUGCGAGGGAGUGGGUGUGGGGGUGAUGGAAGGGUUAAAGAGGAGCCAGUGGAGGUGGGUAAUGGGGGAGAGGGAAUGAUAGGAACCGAGGUGAAUCGGACGAGGGGUAAGAGCAGAGAGGAAAAAGGGGAGGAAGAAGAAGGGCAGGAAGGGGCAGAGGAAGGGGAGGAGGAAUUGGAGGAAGGGGAAGAGAUUGAAGUGGGGAUGGAGAUGGAAGAGGAGGAGGAGGAGGAGGAGGAGGAGGAGGAGGAGGAGGAGGAGGAGGAGGAGGAGGAGGAGGAGGAGGAGGAGGAGGAGGAGGAGGAGGAGGAGGAGGCCGAAGAGGAGGAGGAGGGUGAAGUGUGGGAAAGUGGAGGAGAGGAAGAAGAGGAGGAAGGGGAGGUGAGAGAAAGCGAGGUGGAGACGGAUGAAGAAAGCAAUGAGGGGGCAGGAGGUAGGGGUCGGAAAGGAGGGGAAGAAGGAGAGGAGGUGGAGAGGGGAGACAUCAAAGAAGAGGAGAGAGAAGAUGGAGAUGAGAGUGGGGAGAGAGAGGAGGGGGGGGUGGGGGAGGAGGUGGAAGAAGGAAAGGAGAGGCAGGAGGAAGGGGAGGCGCAGAUAAAGCAUUGGCAGGUGAAAGAGGAAGAAGCAUUGGAAGUGGAGGGGAGAGUGGAGGAGAGAGAGGCAUGUAGAGGGGCGUGUGAGGUGGAGAAACACGAUGGGGAGAAGGGCGAGGAGGGAAAUGAGGGCAAGGGGGAGGAGGAGGGUCAGAUAAAGCACUGGCAGGCAGAAGCAGUUCAAGGGAAAAAGAGAUUGGAGGAGGGAGAGGACUGUGGAGGAGAGUGUGAGAUGGAGAUCGACGGUGGGAAGCAGGGAGAGGAUGGGAAGGAGGGUCGGGUAAAACACUGUCAGGCAGAAGCAGUGGAGGUGAAGGGGGGGAUGGAGGAGGGAGAAGCGUGUGGAGGAGAGUGUGAGAUGGAGAUCGACGGUGGAGAGGAGUACGCGGGGAGGGAGGAUGGUGAGGGGGAGGAGGAGGGUGGGGAGGGCAAGGGGAAGGAGGGGGCGCAGAUAAAGCACUGGCAAGUAGAAGAGAAAGAAGCAGUGGAGGAGAAGGGGGGAGUGGAAGAGAGAGAGGGCGGUGGAGGAGGAGUGUAUGAGAUGGAGAUCCAUGGUGGGAAGAAGGGGGAGGAGGGGGAGGGGAAGGAGGGGGAGGGGAAGGAGGGGGGGGGGGAAGGAGGGGAAGGAGAAGGAGGGCGAAGAGAGGGAGGAGAACAGGGAGAGGGGGGAUAA